AUGCCACGGUCACUGCUGCUGCUGCUUGUGCUGUGGGCAGGGUCCCUGGCUCAGCUUCAAAGCUUUUGGCUGGAAAUUCCGAAGACCGUGACGGUGGAGGAGGGCCUGUGUGUCUCCAUACCCUGCCGUGUCCGCUUCUAUCAUCCAGAGAUCCAGGGUACCUUUAGGUAUGGCUCCUGGCUCCGGGAAGAGGCCAAAUCCCAGGGUGCUCUGGUGACCGCAAACCGCUUUCGUGAGGACGACUGGAAACGCCCCUUCAGAUUCCGCCAGACUGACACCUGCUCCCUGAACAUCACGGAUGCCCAGAAAUCGGACACAGGGUCCUACUUCUUCACCUCUGAGCCAUAUGUUAAGUCAUAUAGUCACUCAUAUGAUAGCUCAGAGAAUCAGUUCUCCUUGAAAGUGGUAGCUCUGACACGGACCCCUGUCAUCCUUAUCCCGGAGACCCUAAAACCUGGCCACAGCCAGAACAUAACUUGUGAAGCUCCCUGGGCCUGUGAGAUGGGGACGCCCCCCACUUUCUCCUGGAGUGGGGAUGCCGUCUCCUCUCUGGACCCCAAGAGUCUCCAUUCUCCAUGGCUCAUUCUUAACCCUGGGAAGGUCAUCCAUGGGGCCAACCUGACCUGCCGAGUGACCCUGCCUGGAGCAGGAGUGAGCACAGAGACAACUGUCCGACUCAGCAUGUCCUGCUCCGAAGUUCUGGCUACAGGUCCCGAUGUCUGGGUUCAGGAGGGUCAGUCCGUGCACCUAGUCUGUGCCGCUGACAGCAACCCCCCUGCUACGCUGAGCUGGAGCUCGAAGGAACAUAGCAUUAAAUCACGGUUUUCUGAUGAUGGGGUCCUGCGGCUGCCUCGGGUGGGCCUGUAUGACCAGGGGAAAUACACCUGCACAGCGCGGAACGAACUGGGCAGGGAGAGAGCUUUGGUGCGCCUCUUCGUGAAGUCCUCCCCACAGUUGCUGGGCCCCUUCUGCACCUGGGAAGCCUGGGGUGUGAACUGCACUUGCGCUGUCCGUGGAUUCUCCAACCCCUCCCUGCACUGGCGACUAGGGCAGCGGCUGCUGGAACAGAACGGCAGCGAUGCCUCCUUCUCAGUCACCUCCAGUUCGGAUGGCUGGACCAACAGUUCCCUGAGUCUCCACGGGGAGCUCUCCUCAGACCUCAGACUCAGCUGCGAGGCAGGGAAUGGCUUCGAGGAACGGAGUGUGUUUUUCCUGUUGCUGGUUCCGCAAGGAACCCCAGGGUCCAGGGCAGGACAGGUCCUGGCAGCCCUCGGAGGAGCAGGUGUCACAGCCCUGCUGGUUGCCUGUCUGUGCCUCCUCUUCCAUGGGUGA